AUGAAGAGCUCUUACAAUAGAAAGCAUUCAUUGGAGAGACUUGAAUACUAUUAUCAGGUCAUCAACACAACUGUGCUUUCAAAGCAAAAUGCCGCAAGUGGCUUGAUUCCUGCUUCUGUAGCCAUCACCACACAUGGUGAUUACACGGAUGCUUGGGUUAGAGAUAACGUCUAUUCUAUCUACUGUGUAUUCGGCCUGGCUUUGGCUUAUAGAAGAGUCGAUGAUACCACUGGAAGAGCUUUUGAGCUUGAACAUGCGGUUAUCAAAUUGAUGCGUGGCCUCUUGUUCUCCAUGAUGCGUCAAGCACCCAAGGUCGAGAAAUUCAAAAAGACACAAAAUGUCUUGGAUGCACUUCACGCCAAAUACAAAACAGAGACAGGCGCCACUGUUGUAGGUGAUAAGGAGUGGGGUCAUUUGCAAAUUGAUGCUACUAGUUUCUUCUUGGUGGCAUUGGCUGAUAUGACAACGAGUGGUUUGAGCAUCAUUUACACGCAAGAUGAAGUCGAUUUCAUUCAGAAUUUGGUGUUUUAUAUCGAACGUGCUUAUCGUACACCUGACUUCGGUAUUUGGGAACGCGGCGACAAGAGUAACCAUGGUCAGCCUGAACUGAAUUCUUCGUCUAUUGGUAUGGCUUAUUCUGCUUUAAGAGCCAUCAACGGUGUCAACUUGUUUGGUGCUCGUGGUAGUGCAUCUUCAACCAUCUAUGUAUUGCCUGAUGAAAUGACACGCAACAAAAUCACCCUGCAAAGUGUCUUGCCUAGAGAAUCCAACUCCAAGGAAGUCGAUGGCUCCGUUUUAUCCGUCAUUGGUUUCCCCGCUUUUGCAGUGGAAGAUCCCGCAUUAAUUGAGUUUACCAGAUCCGAUGCAAAGAAGAAAUUGGAAGGUCGUUAUGGUUGGAAGCGUUUCUUGCGUGAUGGUCAUCAAACAGUCGUUGAAGAUCACACUCGUCUUCAUUACAAUGAAAGCGAGCUCAAGGUUUUCGAAAACAUCGAGUCCGAGUGGCCCUUGUUUUUCACUUACAUGGUGUUGGAAGGUUUGUUCACGGAUAACAUGGAACAAGCGGAAGAGUAUCGCAAGAAGCUCGAAUUCGUCACUAUCGAUUCCGCUUUAUGGGACCCCGAGAACCCUAGACCUCCCGAAGAUUACAAAUCUGAAGACUGCAAACGUCCUGCUGCUCUUUGCAGAACCGCGAGUCUUGAUCUCUCUAUUGCCCCUGCUGACCUCCAUAUCCCUCUUGUGCCUGAAUUGUACUAUGUGCCUAGUGAAUCUAUUGAGGCUGAAAGAGCGAACCCUCACUCUCAAAAGCGUAUCCCCAACGAUAACACGCCUCUGGUGUGGGCUUUAUCUUUGUAUUUGCUCGGCAACUUGAUCUAUGAAAACCUGUUGUCCCCUUCAGAAAUUGAUCCUCUUGGCCGUCGUUUCAAUGUCAAGGGUGCCAAGGCUGACAAUGUGGUGCAAGUCGUCCUUUUGUCCGAGAAUGAGGAACUGCAAAAGACCCUGUCUACCUACGGUCUCGAAACACAAUCCAUUGAUCAAAUCUCUUCCAGCUUCACUGUGCUUCCUCCCCAAGCUCUUGUGGAUGUCUACAGCGCUCUUGGUCAAAACUCCAAGCUCGAGCUCUCUGGCAGACCCAACCGUCCUAUUGGUACAUUGACCACCUCUCGCCUGUACCGUAUUGAAGGCCACAUUUACGCCUUUACGCCUCAAUUCAUGGAUGUCCACACCUUCUACCUCAACUCGGACCCCGACUACUUGGUGUCUACCUUUGAAAACGAGAUCAGUGUUACGAAUGCCAACUGGAUCUUUGCCGGCCGUCCUACCAUCACAAUCGUCUUGACCAAUGCCAUGUUGGGUGAUAUCAACAGAAAGGAGGUCGCUCCCAAGAACUGCAGCGCUGAAUUGACAAACGCCUUGUUGUCUGCUGAUGCCUCCAAGAAGAACUUGCUCAACUUUUUCAUGAAUCUGCGUUCUGGAGAAUGCAAUGGGGUUCGCGUGCGACUAUCUCGUCUUACGGAAACUGUAAACACCAGUAACAUUGAGUCGCUUGAUUUCUUGAUCAACAAGCAAGACGUGGAUUGGAGCAACAUCCUGUCUACCAACAAGUCCUAUCACCGCAACAGCCGCUCUCAACGUCGCUUAGGCUUUGAUGAAGCUUCCAAUAUUAGCUCUCCCGGUGGCGCUCUCACUCCUGGCGGCGCUAGAACCCCUAGACGUCGUAGUGUCUUUGGUGGUAAGCUCUUGGGAACUCCUCUCAACAAAAUUGACGGCGAUAGUUACUUUCAAGACAUUGCAUCUGCUUUGGAAAGAAUCAACGGUGAUGGUGUGCCUGCCUUCAAGCUUAAGGAUCAUGAAAUCACACUUGCAUCUGACUCGGCUACUCCUCGCAGCACGGGAUCGCCUGAUCCUAGUCAAAUGAAGGCCAAUGGCGAAGCACCUGACAAAACCAGAAAUGCUAGCAACUUGACUGUUGACACGGAUGAAUCCACUGGCAAUGAUGUCCUGUUAUCUCUAACUUUGGGCGAUAUGUCUCAAUUUGAUGAUGCUGUCAAGAGUCUCCAAGCCUCCGUCAACCUCUAUGACCAAAUUGAUUUGUUGCAAUACUUGGCUUCUUGCAAGAACUUGGAUGAAUUCAUCGUCGAGCUGGACUCUACUAUCCGCAACCUGUUGGAGGAGGUGUAUGUCAAGUCCAAGCGUCUUCAGUACUGGUCUGUGGUCCGCCAAGCCAGUGGUUUGCUUUCCAAGACAAUGCCUACAUUGACCUACAACUUGACUGAUUUGGUGAUCCACAAGAAGCAAGUCAGUAUCGGUUCUGGCUCAUCUGAGCACUUGAUCUCUACUCCUUUGAGCCCUGAUACUUUGAACAAGAUGAUUGCUGAGCAAUGUGCUGACGAUGUGCGCGAGGGCCCUGUUGUCCAAGAAAUCAUCAUCUCUCUUGGUAACUUUAUUCGCUCCAAUCCCCGUAUGUUUGAUGGUAUCUUGCGUUUGCGUACCCACUUUAUCAUCAUUGCCCUGCGUGAGGAAAUCAGCCGUUUGAACGACUUUAACGAGGAGGAAGCUAUCGAGCAUUUGAUGCAACUGUCACCCUUUGAAUUGCAAUCUCUCUUGGGCACAGUCAUGUCUGGUCCCAGUAUGUGUGAGGAAACUACCAUCAUUGUGCGUGAUAAGCCUGGAGGAUUCUUGGUCCUCUCUCAAGACUUUGAUCCCAACCGUCAAUUGAGCACUGAAAUCCCCUCUUUGACUCUGCCACCCGCCAAGAAGAACAAUGCUGAAUCCAAGGAUAUCGAGAACCAAGACAAGAAGGACACCAUCACCAUUCGUGCUCAAUCGGGCGGCUAUAAUGCUGGCAACUUUGCUCGUGCUGAAAUCAAUGGUAACGUGUUGGCUGCUAAUACGCGUGGUCUUCACGUCUGGGCUAUUGAUCGUCUUGAGAAAUUGGUUUUGGAACACGCCUCGUUCGACACCCAUAUCUCUAGCGAUGAAAGUGAGGAUUUGGUUCAAUUCAUUCGCAACUUGGACUCUGACUUGAUUGUGGUGAUGGCAUCCAAGGACGAUUUCACCGAACAUCUCACCAAGGAAGCCAUCGACGCACUCAAGAGUUUGGGCGCUCAAAAGAUUGAUGAUGUCAAGUACCGUGAUUCGUAUGUCUUGAUCGCUGAAAAGAACGGCAACCGCAUCAUUGAGGCUCACAAGGCUGCCAAGGAUGGACCCACUGACUUGAUUGAAGAAGAAUUUGCUAUGCUCAAAAAACACGAUAUCUCCCCCUCAGACAUCAACGAUGGCAAUAUCAGUCAUUUCUGCCCCUCUUCUGAUGGUCGUUGGUUGCGUCGCAGAAAGAACGAUGGUGCUCUUAACCGUGCUCCCAAGCAUUUCUUCUCUCGUACAUGGAAGGUGCUUGACAAGUGCUGUGGUCUGGUCAUUGGUUCUCAUUGCUUGCCUAGAGAUCCCACCGUGUUUGAAAAGACACCCGAAGAAUUCAAUUUUGCUAUUGCUGUGGAAGGCUUUUUAGGCACCUUGAGAGAUCCUGCUGAGCGUCAGGUGGCUGUUGAACUCUUGACACAAAUCUAUGAGAUGCAAAAAGCUAAGCCUGAAUUCCAGUUCAUUGAGCAAAACAUUGAUAUUCUUGCCAUCAUGGAUGCUGCUAUUGCAGACUUCUGGAACACUUGGGUUGCAAAGAACAAGCAGACAUUUGAAAAGAGCCCUAUGUUUGAGCAUGGCUUUGAUUACAAUGCACACAAGGACAUGGCCCAUGGCUUAUUCUAUGAUCUUCCUGUCGAUCACGCAGAAGAAAGCACUGCAGCCUAUCUUAGAAAGAGUAUUUCAAACGCUUUGCACAUUUAA